CGUGGAGAUCAUUCGCGACAUACAAUUCGAAGUUUCUCCAGUGCUUUCUCUAUUCUCCAUGGGUGCCGUACUGAAGAAAUCGACAAAAACAGCCCUCCUCCACUAGCCAUAUCAUAUGGAGACUCAAAUGCAUGAUGAAAGCAUGGACAAGCCAAAAGUUAGAAAGGCAGAAAAUUAUACGGUAGCGGAAGACCUCAUUUUAAUCGCGGCUUGGGAACAUACUAGUGAAGAUGUCGUGAUUGGAACUGAUCAAGCAAAAGAACAAUAUUGGACUCGAGUGUGGAGAGAGUAUCUUUCGAAUGCAAGUAGUUAUCCCUAUCGACCGGAGAAAUCAAUAAUCAAUCGAUUCAGCAUUAUCCGGACUAAAUGCUUAAAGUUUUCUGGAAUUGUUCAGAGCAUUGAGUAUGCGAAUCCGAGUGGAAUGACUGAGCAAGACAAGCUUAAUCAAGCCAUUAAAGCAUGGUCUACUGAGGAGAAGGAAAGAGGUGUCUUCAAGUUUUUACAUUGUUAUCAAGCGCUCAAGAAUUCUCCGAAGUGGAUUACAGAAGUGGUGCACCCUAGUUUGAGCCGAAGCACAGCUGCAUCAGAGUCCAUAAAUUUAGGAGACGAUGUGAGUGCCUCUGGUCAUGUAGAAUUAGAAAGACCAGUUGGUAGGAAGGCUGGAAAGGAGCGAAUGAAGAACAAAAAAAUAAAAGUGGAAGAUAGUGGAGAAUCUCAAACGAGCAUUAAUUUCGAAAAAUCACAAGAAUUGAUGCAAAAGUUUCAUGAGCAGAAGAUGGAUGUCAUCAUGCAGGAUAGUAAAAAAAUGGACGAGUAUCUACAAUUGAAGAGGGAAAAGCUUGAGCUUGAUCGGGAGCAUAAAGAGGAGAAGGUUAUGACUAUUGACAUGUCUAAUUUGAAUGAGAUGCAGCGAAAGUACAUUGAAAUGAAGCAAUGGAAGAUCUUCGAAAAAGCAUUUAACAAGUAGUACCCCUGAACCUGUUUUAAUUUAAGUUUGAACUUGUAUUAAAUUAAGUUUUAUUUGGACUUGUUUUAGAAGAUGUGUUUGUUUCA